AUGUCCGCGCUCGCUAGGUUUGUGCAGAGGCGCCCGGCAGCCACUUCGUGUCCACUUGUGGUGCAGCCAAGGGCUUUCCUCUGCGGGAAUGAACAGACAACGAUUGUACCGCGAGGUCGCUCUAUCCUCAGAUGCUACCGUUUUGCCACACACGGAAUCCGCUUUGUCUCUCACCGGCCGCUCAAGCUUGAGAAUCCUGUCCCGACCAGCUUUCGUAACACGGAGGAUGUUCAAUCCCUGGCCAACGGUGACCGAGCAAGGGAUAGGAAAUUUCGCUUCAAGGAGACGCCAUCGGAAGCAUUGAUAGCUGCAUUGCAAGAAAGGGGCCUAGAUGUCGAUAUCGCCAAACCUAGGUCUUACCAAACUGAUUUAUCUUGGGCUACUCCCAGCCAGGCAGCCAAAAAGGAAUGGCGCGUAGAAUCUUUCGCGCGUCACGGCCAGGCAUGCCAAAAGCGCGAGGCUCGGCUGUCAUAUGCUACAAUAGUAGCCAAUUAUAUCCGUUAUGUUGAUCCCCAUCUGUCAUUAGAGUCCUCGACUCUACAUGACAAAUCGCCUGAUACUCGGCCGCUUGAUAUGGCGCUCUUAAGAGUAUUCGAUAACAAGACGAUGGAUUAUUUGUCGCAGCGAGGAUACUCACCUAGCGACGUGAUGGCGUGGGCUUGGAUAUUGCUGUCUCCACAGCCUGUCACUGCGGCAAUGCGGCUGGACGCAUUGAACCAAGCAAGCUCUAGGAACAAAUUAGCUUCUAGCAAGCGUACUCCUAUGUUCGUUUUGAUGUUCACCCUUCGCCGAGAACGCAUUAAUUUGAAGGCUUUCGAUCUGCUAUUAGUUCAGUCUUGGAAUAUGUUGCUAGAGAACCCGCCAAGCAAAGCGAUGCUUCAAAGCCUACCAGAUAAGCAACCAAUGCAUCCGUUGAAACCGGUAUGGAUAGACGCCGGGGAUGAUACGACCGUCAUGAUACUUUUCGUCCGCCUCGUUCGACUUGCGCGUCGAAUUUCACCAGAGGCGCUUCUGUCUCUCUCCCAAAUGUUUACCACUAUGUUUGGCGUUGAUGCUGUUGGCGCAGCGAUAAACGAUAAACUAACUCGUCGUUUAAUCGAGUACUACAAUAAGUUCUUGGCUCUUCUCGCAAUACCAUGCCGAAUGGAGCCGUAUGCCUCUACAGUCGUGCAACAGCGCUCGAUUUUCCAUCUUUUAAGGGAAAUGACGAGAUUUUAUCCACCGCUUGCGGUUACUCGAGAAGGAUAUCAUGCUGUUACCAGGAAUCAAGCUGCCCGCCAAAAGCUACCUGCAGAACGGAAGUGGGCAGAGUUCAAGGCGAAGUCGUGGCCUCCAUGGAAGGAAGACAAAUUGGGAAUCGAUGUGGAUAGGGGGGUCGAGGGAAGCAAAAGCAAGGCUAUGGGAGCUAUUGCGCAUAUGAAAGAAGCUGGCUAUUCGCCAACGCGAUGGGAUCGAAUAGCCACUAUCUUAGCCGGAUGGGAUCUAGAUGGGACUCCUACCAUUCAAACCAGGAGCUUCCUCCCAAAACCAAAUAUCUAUCGAAUGAGAGAUCAACACACAACGUGGUUAAAGUCAAAUUCAAAAGAAGCCGCGAUUGAACUAUCGCUGGGCUCUAGGCCUGAAGAUGGAUACAGUGACAUUUGGGCUGCUCGGAUUCGUGCUACGAGAACAAUGCGAGAAGCUUGGGCUUGCUUUCUGUCGUGCCGGGACCAGGGCUUUCGUAUCACAAACGAUAUCUACCUCGAACUCACCGAAAAGGUCAUAUAUCACAGCCAUUUAAAGGAAUCAUCUAUCCCGCGUUCGACCGAAGUGCUGCCAGGAGACGGAAAGGAGGUAUACCCUGAGCCUUCUUCUCCUCGUGAUAUGAUCUAUGUGCGUUCAGAGCCACCAACACUCGAAGCCUUGGCUCAGCAUCUGUUAACUACGAAAACCAAAUUUUCGAGGAGAUUGUCAGUGCUACUGUUCCGUCAUUUGACUUCCUUCAAGUUAGGCUUAGAGUGCCUGUCACAUUGUGAGUUGUCACAGCAACAAAUUGACGCCUUGAUAUCUCCUUUCAGCCACGAGGUCCCCAGCCGGAGACGACAUCUCGAUUGCAUCCCGGACGAUGUCUUCGCUAGUUUCAUUCGCUUUCUCUGCAGGUUCACUGGCCCUUCUAUGCCAUUUUCGGGUGAGCCAAAGUUUUCACUUAGCCGACUUUUCCCUAUCGUAUAUCCAAAGCCCAAAGAGGAUAAGGGCUCAAGCAAUACACAAAGAGAAAUAACCGUCGACGAAAGUUUGGCGCAUGCCAUUUCUUUAGUGCGGUUAAGAAUGCCGGAAUAUCUGCCAGCUUGGAACUACCUUUUAGCAAGUUUGGCCAACACCCGACUCCCUGCCGAUAGUCAUGCACCGUUGCUGAUGCAACAGAUACUAGCAUGGAGAGAAGUUCGGGAGGUUGUGAUCUGGAUGGAGCGGAGAAAUAUUAGCCUCGACGCGACUGGUUUUCAAUCCGUGUGCGAAGCCCUGUCGAGGUUCUUGCUUACCAUUCGAAACAAAGGACGCAGCAUGGAGUUUUCGCCGUCCCAGCAUACCCUCGGGAACCCGAUUCGACACCCAUCUUCAACUGCCACGGAAUUAGUCACAACGAGUACUGACUUGGUGAAACGGAAAUUCGACCAGAUGGUUCUCGCAAAAGAUGGACCUCUUUUUCCUUCGGCUUCUGAAGAGGUUGUAGUUUCUCGGUCGCCAAACUAUCCGAUCUUACCAAGUAUGUACACCGUGCCUAGUCCAUUUACCCUGCAUGCGUUCGUUCGGGUGCUUGGUCUAGCGGCGGAUUUUGAAAGUCUGGUGAUCCUGCUCAAGUGGAUGACUCGAAACGCCAGCGACCUGAAACGAGCGAUGGCGAAAAUAAAUGGUGGGAAAAGAUCGCUGCGUCAGACUGUGGUUGCUGUGCGGGUUUAUUUUGAAAAGGACCCGUCAUUUACCGCGUGCUCUGCAUCAGCCGAAAUCGAAAAUGGGUAUUUAGAUUCGGAUUUGAGGCCGCAUUCGGAUGAGGAUGUAGUGCCAGAAUGGACUCCCUCACCCAUCGAAGCACUCUACCGAGAAGCGCAAGCUGUCAUAGAAGGCUCAGACUGCUUCUCGCCAUGGCCCACUGACAACGAAGUACGAGACUAUGUUGCUAACCAUAAGGGGCUAUUUUAA